GACCGGACACGCUCUUCAUUGACUGAAUAUCCUUAUGUGAGCCGGGCAGUGGUGCGCAUGCCUUUAAUCCCAGCACUCCAGAAGCAGGUGGAUCUCCGAGUUCGAGGCCAACCUAGACUAAAGAAAGGAGUCAGAAGUGCCUCCAGGAGAGCAGAAGCAUGGCUGAGGAGCUGGGGCUGGGCUUUGAGGAAGCAGUCAGAGUGGAAAUGCCAGAGGGCAGAGCCAGGCCAGCCGCCAGGAGCAAAGCAUGCGUGGCUCUCAUCUGCUGUAUGCUGUCAUUUUUUACCGUUGCCGGACUUAGCACCUUCCUGAUGGUCAGCCAGCCCGGGACCCGGGGAAAAGACUGUAUGCCGCGGGCUAUACAAAACCAAAAUUGUGAACCUUCACCACAGCCAGUUUACACACCUUCCAGAGCCAAGCCAAGGGCGCACCUGACAAUUCUUAAACAAACUCCAGGGCCACAUCUGCAAAAUCAGUUUCCCGCUCUGCACUGGGAACAUGAACUAGGCUUGGCCUUCACCAAGAACCGGAUGAACUAUACCAACAAAUUUCUGGUGAUCCCUGAGUCCGGAGACUAUUUCAUUUACUCCCAGAUCACAUUCCGAGGGAUCACAUCUAGGUGUAGCAACAUCAGCCAAGGAAGACGACCUAACAGGCCAGACUUCAUCAUCGUGGUUAUCACCAAGGUAACAGACAGCUACCCCGAGCCCGCCCACCUCCUCACAGGAACCAAGUCUGUGUGUGAAAUAAGUAGCAACUGGUUUCAGCCCCUCUACCUUGGGGCUAUGUUCUCCUUGGAAGAAGGGGACAGGUUGAUGGUUAAUGUCAGUGAUAUCUCCUUGGUGGAUUACACAAAAGAAGAUAAAACUUUCUUUGGUGCCUUCUUACUAUAAGGGGAAACAACCACAAUCAUGAAGGGCCUCCUUGAUCCCUACUUCCCACUUUUCUUUGCUCAUGUGGAACUAUAAUCAGGGGUGUGGGGGAUCAAGUAUGGGGACAGCGGUUUAGCUACAUAAUUUAGGAACCCAAGGUGAUCCUCUCUAUAUGUUUUGGACUGAAAUAGUAAAUGGAAAACUCAGAAGAAAUCAUGUUUGCUAGAGACCUGCUGGGUUUUAAAAAUUAAAACAGCCGUCUCCAGUGGCUCCAUCUACUGCUCUCCA